GCGCCGCCACGCCUGGUCUUCGGCGGUAGACCGAGCUGGUCUAGCUUAGUGGAGCGGGCACAUCCCGGAGCGCGCGCCUCCGCGGCGUCGCGGUCCCUGGUGAGCCGCAGCAGGCUAGUGCCAUGAUCCGACAGGACCUCUCCACAUCCUACCAGGAGCUCAGCGAGGAGUUGGACCAGGUCGUUGAGAACUCAGAGCAGGCAGAUGAGCGGGACAAGGAGCCAGCCCAAGUCCAAGGUGCAGGGGCCUUGCCAGGUGUGGACAGCGAAUCUGCCUCCAGCAGCAUCCGCUUCAGCAAGGCCUGCCUGAAGAACGUCUUCUCGGUUCUGCUCAUCUUCAUCUACCUGCUGCUCAUGGCUGUAGCUGUCUUCCUGGUCUACCAGACCAUCACGGACUUCCGAGAAAAGCUCAAGCACCCUGUGAUGUCUGUGUCUUACAAGGAGGUGGACCGCUACGAUGCUCCAGGGAUCGCCCUAUACCCUGGUCAGGCUCAGCUGCUCAGCUGUAAGCACCACUAUGAGGUCAUCCCACCUCUUGCCAGCCCUGGCCAGCCAGGAGACAGGAACUGCACCACCCAGAGGAUCAAUUACACCCAUCCCUUCUCCAAUCACACCAUGCAGUCCGCCCUGAUUGUCCAGGGACCACAGGAAGUGAAGAAGCGGGAGCUGGUGUUUCUCCAGUUCAGCCUGAACCAGAGCAACGAGGACUUCAGUGCCAUUGACUACCUCCUCUUCUCCUCUUUCCACGAGUUCAUGCAAAGCCCAGACAAAGCAGGCUUCAUGCAGGCCUGUGAGAGUGCCUACUCCAGCUGGAAGUUCUCAGGAGGCUUCCGCACCUGGGUCAAGAUGUCACUGGUGAAGACCAAAGAGGAGGACGGCCGAGAAGCUGUCGAGUUCCGGCAAGAGACCAGUGUGGUUAAUUACAUUGACCAGAGGCCGGCCGCCGAGAAGAAUACUCAGUUAUUCUUUGUGGUCUUUGAAUGGAAAGAUCCCUUCAUCCAGAAGGUCCAGGAUAUCAUCACGGCCAAUCCCUGGAACACCAUUGCACUCCUCUGCGGGGCUUUCCUUGCCUUAUUUAAAGCAGCAGAGUUUGCCAAACUAAGUGUGAAGUGGAUGAUCAAAAUCAGGAAACGAUACCUAAAAAGAAGAGGCCAGGCAACAAACCACAUAAGCUGAAGCUGCCGUGUCCCGCACUCCAAACCGACGGAAGCCUUAUUCUCCCAUUGACAAACCAAGCCACCAGCAAUCCUGUACUCACUUGAAGGGACCUUGCAGGGAAGGACAGUCUUUCAAACUGGAUGGUCAAACCUGGCCCAGGAGGCUGUUCGAGCCCACAGGCAAACAUCCAAUGAAUAGCCUGAAACUUAUUUAAGUACUUAAAUUAUUAACAGACAUUUUACAGAGCUGUCUAGUGCCUUGGAGGGGGUUUGUGGAAGGCAGCUUUUUCUCAUUUGUUCAUUAAAUAGUUAAGCUCCCUCUUUACCUUAGAUUUUUUUAAAGUGGACAGAUAUGCCCUGUAUACAAAAUUCCUCAUGACUUUUACACCAUCUACUGUUGUUACUUAGCAACUUGUCAGAGUCUAGAUGAGACUUUUUUUUUUUUUAAAUGUAGCCCUGGUGGAACUCAUUGUUUAGACCAGGCCUACCUCUGCCUUCCCGUUGCUGAGAACAAAAGCCAGAACCACAGUGCCUGGUCUUACAUGAGACUUUAAAGGCUACUAGAAACUAGUGAUGACAUUUGUGAUGGGCUGUGUUGACGGAGGUGUGAGCUCAGUGGUCGCUGCUGGAAAGCACUUGCACAGAUGUAUAUAGUAGGUGCCUACUUAGUGUACCUUGAUUUCAUUAACAGGUAAAUAAAGUUGGGCUAAUACAAAAGGAGUGAGUGUGAAUACCCAGUAAACUGGACGUGUUCACACUGUGACCACCGACCCAAACGGCACCACGGUGGCUCUGACCCGAGGUCUGUCACCACUGCUUCCAGGGAAGGUAAGCUGGACAUACCACACUAUGAAUAAGCUGCUUAGUAGGUCACUGUGCCCUGAAGAAACACUCACCUAAAAUGGUGGCCUUUAAGGCUUUGACAAAUAGCACUUAUAUAAACCAAAGCCUGUCUUUUCCAAAGUGUGUGUCCAGAGGGAAUAUGGUAACAUUCAAAGAAUUCACAAUUAGGCCUUGGGGAAUCUGAAGGGAAAUGCUCACAUGUGUAAGUUAGGCAUUUUUGUCUCCAAAUUUAGCAGCAAGAAACUGUUUUGGCUGAAUGUCUCGAAAUAAACUUGUAUAAUGAAACA